AUGUCGGACUCGGCUGAUCCGAAGGAUGUAAGAGGGGACAUAGGGGACGCCAACUUGGAACUAGAGAAUGCUGAUGCUAUGUCGACUCGAGUUGAGGUUGAGGUCUCGCAGUCAGACAAAGGAGGGGGGGUUAUACGAGUGUUAGGAAAAGACCGCGUCUUUGGGCAGUACCACCCAUCUUCUGGCUAUAUAUUUGGAAAGGCGCCAAACACCCUCGAGGCAAUGGAAAAUGACCAGUAUGCUUACCGCCGACGUCAUGCUCCAUUCUAUCCCUUUCAAGACCAGGCAGAGUUUGACCUUGCAAAAUUCCUUUGUGAAUGCUUAACGCAAAGUGAUAUGGAGCGAUUUCUCAAGCUGGAAUGGGUACGCCGAGCUGGUCCGUCGUUCAGCUCCAAAGAUCAGCUACUUGCAUGGGUGGCUUCACUUCCAACCGGACCAAAAUGGUGUUCAACGACCCUUGAAAUGACUGGGUACCCAACGAUCCAACCGAUAAACCUCAUAUGGCGUGAUGGCUUAGAGGUAGUGCAAGAUCUCUUUGCAAAUCCAAUUUUUGCGAACCACAUGACAUAUGACCCGCACGAUCAACUUCCCGAAGGCGCUACCAUUGUUCCGAUGAUCAUUGCAUCGGAUAAGACACCUGUGACCCGGCAUACGGGAGGACUUGAAAUGCACCCUAUUUUUGUCACUAUCGCCAACAUUCAAUCUGACGUGCGGAUGAGAGCAACAUGUCAUGCUUGGCAAUGUGUGGCAUAUAUGCCGAUUCCCAAAUUCGUUGACGUUCAUCCUGACUACCAAACCAUUCUCAGCCAACGUCUAUUCCAUAAGUGCAUGGACAUCGUCUUCGCAGACGCUAAGGUCGCAGCCAUGGUGGGCAAGUUCAUGCCUGAUCCAGCCGGACAUCUACGACACUGCUUCACACCUUUGGUCGCGUACACUGUGGAUCUGCCGGAACAGCAAGCUAUAGCAUGUGUCUCGAAGGUCGCUUCUCCUAUCACAUUGGCCACAUCUCAAUCUUUUGGUGACACUUAUCGCCAUCCACCACACACGAAAGAACAUACACUUACGGCGAUAUACAACAUCUGUCAAUGGAUCGAUCCAUGGAGGUUGCGAGAAUUCCAGGAGGAAGCUAAGGCUCAUUCAUUAAGUGGCAUUCACCAGCCUUUUUGGCGGAAUUGGCGGCACUCAGAUCCUUCUCGCUUUCUGGUAGGAGAAAUUCUCCAUACCUGUCACAAGUUUUUCUUUGACCACCCAUUCAAGUGGUGCAAAGAAUCGGUGGGGAAGGACGAACUCGAUCUCCGUUUCCGAAGUCACCACAAGAGAGUAGGAACACGCCAUUUUUCAUCCGGAGUAUGUCAGAUGAAACAAAUGACCGGUCGGGAACAUCGGGACUUGCAAUGCACCUUGGUUCCUUCUAUUACUGGGGUCGUGCCCCCCCGCACCAAAGGAACACUCAACAACUUUAUCAUCCCGAAGCUCGAGCUUUUGCAGAGUUUUGCUUCGUUCACCAAGGACACUGGCGCCCUCAUCCAAUGGACUGCUGACGUCACUGAGCGUCUUCUCAUUACUCACUGUAAACUCCCUUUUGAGAGGACAUCGUGCCAGUCACGUACCUUCACAGAACAAAUCGUUGACAUUCUCAACUGCGAGGAGUCGAUGCGGCGAUUCCAAUUGUACCUCUUCCUACGGAUGCACGAUUCCCCCCUCGUCAAUGCCAUAGUUACAGAAGAGCAAGAGGUCACUGAAACUGACCCUGCUCUCGCAUGGAUCGCCCGCGUCGCACCUAAUGAUCCAAAUCAACGGUGUUUUGUCGGGCCGCGCCCAUGCGUAACAACGGCUGCCUUUCAUGUCACCGUUACUCCUGAUCAGGCCAAGAUGUCUCUCAACGAAAUCCAGCAGCUUUACGCACUGCCGGAUUUUGGACGAGCGCUUUCUGAUUAUAUUACGAAGGCUUCCGGCAGUCAAUUCACGACAGCGUGGAGAAAUGAUCGUGGUCGCCUCAAGACGUGGAAUAAUCAAGUCGUGCAGGCUGCCCCACCAUCAGAACAGUUUCCUCUAGGAAAUUGUGAUGCUGUGAUUACGCAGUCGAUACACGGUGACCAGACAGUCUUCCAGCCCAUUGCACCUCGCCACGUCACGCUUCCCCACUACCUUGCGGACGUACCGCUCCUCUAUGUCCAGUACUAUGAGAUUGUCGGGGAUCCAGGCAGUCAGCCUGCCAUCAGGCCCACAGGCCAGCGGAUAAGAUUGGGUGCAGUCAUUCCUCUCACAGAUGUCACGCAUGCGGUAGAGCUUAUCCCUAUGUACGGCCAAGGCGCUGACCGUACGGUGGGUGCAGCGACGAGUAUGGAGGUAUAUGAGCGUUUUUAUCUGAACAAUUUCUCGGACAAGGAGGUGUAUCACUCAUUGCGCUCAGAUUUGCAUUAG